CCACUUUCCCGGAAAGUUAAAAAAAAAAAAAUGCAAACCAAAACCCUGGUAGCCCACUCUCCUCCUCUCCUCCAAAACCCUACUCUUUUCUUCACAAACCCACCACAUUUCUAUUUCACCCCACGCUUUAACCACACACCACCUGGCCUCCCCAAACUCCACUUCUCCACCCCAUUACGCCGCCGUAACCGGUUCACAACCUCCUGCAUCGGCGACGGGCUUCUUAUCGGAGACAAUGGGAGCCAUGCUUCUCCAGUAUCUGAAGAAGUUGAAGUUGUGAAGGUUAAGAGAGAAGAAUUGGAGAGUAAGAGCACAUGGGAUCAGAUGAAGGAGAUUGCAGUGUUUACAGGACCUGCCACUGGUCUUUGGCUGUGUGGCCCACUUAUGAGUCUCAUUGACACAGUCGUCAUUGGUCAGGGAAGCUCUAUUGAGCUUGCUGCUUUGGGACCUGCAACUGUGAUGUGUGAUAGUCUGAGUUAUGUGUUCAUGUUCCUUUCUGUUGCAACUUCAAAUAUGGUUGCUACUGCCCUUGCUAAAGGGGAUAGAAAUGAAGCUCAACAUCACAUAUCUAUCUUGCUCUUUAUCGGAUUGACAUGUGGCUUCGCAAUGCUUAUAUUUACAAGAUUCUUCGGUUCAUGGGCAUUAACUGCUUUCAGUGGACCAAAGAACGCUCAUCUUAUUCCUGCAGCAAAUACAUAUGUUCAGAUACGAGGUUUGGCGUGGCCUGCAGUUCUUAUUGGUUUGAUUACUCAGAGUGCAAGUCUUGGCAUGAAAGAUUCAUGGGGUCCUUUGAAGGCCUUGGCGGUAGCCAGUGCUAUAAAUGGCAUUGGUGAUGUAGUCCUGUGCAGUUUUUUACGCUAUGGUAUUGCGGGUGCAGCAUGGGCAACAAUGGUGUCACAGGUUGUUGCAGGAUAUAUGAUGAUUCAAGCUUUGAACAAUAAAGGAUAUAAUGCAUAUGCCUUCUCUGUUCCCUCGCCCAAAGAACUUCUAAUAGUAUUUGAGCUUGCUGCUCCAGUGGUUUUAACAAUGAUGUCGAAGGUGGCUUUCUACACUCUCAUUGUAUACUUUGCAACAUCAAUGGGAACAAACAUCAUUGCUGCUCAUCAGGUCAUGAUUCAAACAUUCUUCAUCUGCACGGUGUGGGGUGAACCUCUCUCUCAAACUGCACAAUCAUUUAUGCCUGAGUUGAUAUAUGGAGUAAAGCGUAGUUUGCCUAAGGCUCGAAUGCUGCUCAAGUCACUUGUCGUUAUUGGAGCUCUACUUGGUUUGGUAUUAGGAAUAGUGGGAACAUCUGUUCCAUGGUUUUUUCCUGGUAUAUUUACACCCGACCAGAAGAUCAUACAGGAGAUGCAUAAAGUGCUGAUACCAUUUUUUUUGGCAUUGGCCGUGACACCGGCUAUUCUCGCAUUUGAAGGAACAUUGCUGGCCGGACGAGAUCUAAAAUUUAUUAGUCUGUCAAUGAGUGGAUGUUUUAGUUUAGGUGCACUUCUACUGCUGUUUGUUAGUAGUAGAGGAUGUGGUUUAGCAGGCUGUUGGUGGGCACUGGUAGGAUUUCAAUGGGCUCGGCUUUUUCUGUCUUUACAGCGCGCUACAUCCACCAACGGCAUACUUUACUCUGAAGAUACGAGCCGGUAUCAACAAGAAAAACUCAGAGCUGUUUAGGUCCAGAAUCAUAUAAAUGCAUGAGAUAAACGGUGAAAUCUUGGUGAAGGGUCAAAAUGCAGUGUUACCAUUUUAGGAGAUACGAAAUAGAGGUUGGCAGUUGACACUAGUUUUUUUGUCUGCAACAAGGCCGAAAGCACGAGCAAGUUGCAACCUCAUGAACAACUGAGCAAAUGGAGGCAAUGUUUGGCUUCAAGAAAGAAUUUCUGAGCAGCUAUGCUGGUUCCCUGUUUGAUCAAUGUUGUAAAACUCUGUGCAUUAUGUAUCUGUCCCAAAAACACGAACUCGUCUUCACCGCAGAAAAUUUCAGUGGAUACCUGUUGAAAAUUUGCAAAA